AUGGAAGAAGAAGACGACGACUUUUACGAUCCUACAGACUCAGUGCCGGCUGGCCAGGCACAGAACGAUGCCCGCAAUGCAGCCCCAGAGCAACACCAGGACAGCUACGACGACGAGGAAGAAGAAGUAGAGGUCGAGGAUGACGACGAUGACUUCAACAUUAUCACAGAAGCGCCCGCUGACGCGCCGCCUCCCGAGAUCUCUCACCCGCGGCAUGUGAGCUUACGACAAGAGCCACAGCGACCCACCUCCGCAGACUCAUCAAUAGUGUCUAAAGCUGCGCCAACUGCUAUUCCCCACCUCGAUGCCUCUACUCCUGUCCCCGCAACCGCAGCCGCACCUACCGCGAAGCAGGGCGUGCCGCAAAGACCUGGCUCUUCUUAUCCAGCCAUCCAUACUUCUACAAUCGAUGUCAAUGGAAACCCUAUCCAUCCGACGACGGGGAAGUCUAUUAUGGCAACCGACAUGGAUGCCGACUUCCCUACCGACGACAAGCCCUGGCGACGCCCUGGUUCCGAUAUCACGGACUUCUUCAACUACGGCUUCGACGAGUUCACGUGGGUUAGCUACUGCUUGAAGCAGCAAGAGGUGCGCAAGGAGGUUGCCGACCAGAAGAAACAAAUGGACGAGAUGCAAUCCUUCCUGGGCAUGGGAAUGCCCCCGAUGCCGGCUGCACCACCACCACCACCACCAGGCCCCGCCGUCCAAGGCAAUGGCGCCCCCCGAUGGGCGGGUAUGCUGGCGACUAUGAUGGCCCAAGGACUCGAUCCAUCGUCCAUGGAUCCGAUGUCAUUCAUGCAGCACGCACAAUCGAUGAUGGGCGGCCAGCCCGGUGGCGGCCAGCAAGGCCAACCUGGCUUUGGAGGUCAAGGGCAGAACCAGGGCUUUGGACAAGGAGGACAAGGCCAGAUGGGAUACGGAGGCUACGAGCAGCGCGGGAAUUACGGAGGCGGCCGAGGGCGGGGACGGAGAUGGUAA